UGCGCCGUGCCGCCGUACCGUCGCCAGCAUGAGACCGGCCGUCGUCGGAUUGUGUCUGCUGCUGUGCGCCGGGCUGGCCGCAGCUGCGCCAAAUCUGCUGCCGGGCGACCCGCGGCUCGGCGAUCCGGAGCACCACCACGGACAUCACGGAGAUCACGGGGACCAUGGAGACCACGGGGACCACGGAAGUCACGCUACCGGUGGGGACCACCCCCAUGGAGACCACGGUGCCCAAGAAGUGUCUGAAGCUCGGACGGCCGGGUCGUCCAUCACGCCAGGAGCGGUGGACUUUGGUGCCGGUAUCCAGGUGACUCCCAGGCAACCCGGACAGGUGGGACACCACAAUCCGUUCCUGCCGAGCUUCCAGCCAGGUAACGCACAGCGGCAGGCUGCGGGAGGUGUACAGCAGCAGCCGCAGCAGCAGAAGCAGCGGCAGCAGCAGCAGCAGCAGCAGCAGCAGCAGCAGCAGCAACAGCAGCAGCAGCAGUCUACCCAGCAACAGACGCAGCGGCAGCAGCAGCAGCAGCUGCAGCAGAGACGACGUCAGCAGCAGCAGCAGCAGCAGCAGCGGCAGCAGCAACGUCAGCAGCAGCAGCAGCAGUCUGUUCAGCAACAGACGCAGCGGCCGUUCAUCCCAAUUCGUCCCGAGGACCUGAACCGUAACCCCGGCACGGGCGGCUCGGGCCCCAAGGGUCCUGUGACGGCCAGCUGCGGCGCCGGGCUAGUCUGUGUGCCCGAGAGCACCUGUGACCCGUACACGGGCUUUGUGCGUGGUGUGCUCGACCGGCCGGCCGCCGACCCCUCCCAGCCGACGGUGGCCAUCCAGAGGUGCGCCCUCGACGGCUCCGACGCCGGCGUCUGCUGCCAGGAGAGACCGGGGCGGUAUAUCGACCCCAGUGCCAACGCCAUCGACAGCCAGGGCCCUCCGCGAGCGGCGGCGCCGAGCCGCCAGCGACCCAGACCCGUCAACACCAUCGCCGCCAAGGUGCCAGCGUCCUUCUCCAGUAAGCCGCGCCAGCCGUCCUCUGCGCUGCCGCCCAGCUUGGCCAGGAAUCCGUUCCUGAGUGGCGCGGCCCCUGCCAGGACGUCUCCGGUGGCACCCCAGCGGCAGACACCGCCAGCUCCGGUCCCUCAGGCUGGACCGGGACCGCAGCAGGGCACACAGGUGACGUGUCAGGCGGACCAGCGGUGUGUGGAGGUCAACCUGUGCGGAGCGGACGGCUUCCUCACCAACCGAGUGGCCCUCGGCAACCGCAGCCCAUCCCUGACCACGUACUGCGUCACGCCUUUCAACGGUCGGGGUGUGUGUUGCCGGACUCGCCCGCAGCAGCCAGCCGUCCGUCCCCAGCAGCCGGUCGCCAUUCCCCAGCAGCCUUCUCCACAGCCCAGCCGUCCCCAGCAGCCUGCUCCACAGUCCAGCCGUACCCAGCAGCCGGUCAACAUUGGCCAGCAGCUGGUUGCCAUUGCCCAGCAGCCCUCUCCCUCGGCCUCGCAGCCCAGGCGCCAGCAGAGACCAGCCGCUGCUCAGAGCGAAGUGCAGCAACAGCAGCAGCGACCGCAGCCCCAGCCCCAGCCCCAGCGACAGCAACAGCCCCAGCAACAGGCAGCAGCAGCAGCAGCACAGCAGCAAAAGUCACACCGCAGUCUUCAUUCCAAGAGAGCUUUGCCCUCCUCCGAAGGCUGCCUUCCAGGCGAAGCAGGAAGAGCGGCAGCGGACCAACGGCGACCAGUCCGCUCCGGCUCUGGUUCUGACCUUCUACCCCCGUCUUCUGGAUCGGGGAAGGAGGCUUCUGUCGCCGCGGGCCCGGUACCUUCUCCGGGAACCUGCGGCGCAGCAGCAGGCUCACAGUUCCCGGAGUCACCCCCGCCCCGGAGAGGCUCAGUUUG